GUUUCAUGAACAACAGUUCUUUCUCUCUCUCUCUCUCUCUGAAUCUGCGGGAAAAAGAGACGAAAAUAAAAAAGAAAAUAGAAAAGGACACAACCACGACAUCUUGUUUAAAUCAAUCGCUCCAUACACGUCCUACCCUCCACAUGCUCCCUCUCUCACUGGACAUAAUACAAUCGCUUCCAUCUUGUUUGCUUGCUCUCUCUCUCUCUCCCUCUCUGCAAUGAGCUAGCUGUUUCUUGGAUCCGGAGAAUCUGGGUGUUGAAGUGUAUAAAGAAAACUUGAUGGGUAUCCGCGCUUUGUUCUUCUCAACCUCAUCCGGUUUCUAAUGCCUUUGCAAAAUCCAUGGAAGAGAAGCGUGCGUCCCUCCCAUCAGUAUCCCUCUCUCACUUCUUCUUCUUCUUCCUGUUUCUUUCAUUGGAAUUCUUCGUCAUAGAAUCGCUGAAUCCAGAAGGGCAGGCUCUCCUUGCAUGGAAGAACAGCCUGAACGGAUCAACUGAAGGUCUCCGUGAUUGGAACCCUGUUGAUCGCGACCCUUGCAAGUGGUACGGCAUCCUCUGCAAUGCCAAUGGAGAAGUAAUCAAGGUGAGUCUGAGGUCUCUCCCACUUCAUGGCCCUUUGCCUUCUGGCUUGUCUGCCCUCAAAUCCCUGCAGACCUUGAUUCUCACAGGCGCCAACCUCACGGGAUCCAUCCCAAGAGAGUUUGGUGACUUCUCACAGCUGACCUUCCUGGACCUCAGCCACAAUGGGGUCAAUGGUGCCAUCCCAACUGAAAUUUGCAGGCUCACAAGGCUAGAAAAACUGUACUUGAAUUCAAAUUUCUUAGAAGGACCAAUCCCUGCUGAUAUUGGCAACCUCACCAGUCUGUCAUGGCUUAUUCUCUACGACAACCAGUUGAAUGGUGUGGUGCCUUCCAGCAUAGGAAACUUGAAGAAUUUGACUGUCUUCAGAGCCGGUGGGAAUGCAAACCUGCAAGGUCCACUUCCUGCUGAGAUUGGCAACUGUACGGAGCUUACCAUGUUGGGCUUGGCUGAAACCAGCAUCACUGGCCCCCUGCCCACAACUCUUGGCCAGCUUAAAAAUCUGCAGACCCUUGCCAUCUACACAGCCAUGUUGUCAGGCCCAAUACCAAAAGAGUUGGGAGAUUGUCCUCAGCUUGACAGCAUCUACCUUUACGAGAACUCCUUAUCAGGUUCAAUUCCUAGAGAGUUGGGUAGGCUCUCAAACCUUCAAAACCUGCUGCUAUGGCAGAACAGCCUGGUUGGUACCAUCCCGCCCGAAAUCAGCAACUGUUCUUCAUUGGUUGUCAUUGAUUUGUCGAUGAACACUCUAACAGGAAGCAUCCCUCAAAAUUUUGGGAAUUUGGCCAACCUUGAAGAGAUCCUCUUGAGCUCCAAUCAAAUCUCAGGCUCUCUGCCCUCAAGCCUUGUUAAAUGCACUGCUCUAACUCAUAUCGAGGUGGAUAACAAUGAGAUUACAGGUCAGAUACCUCCAGAGUUGGGAACUCUGAAGAAUCUAACUUUGCUUUAUCUGUGGGAAAACAAAAUUGAAGGGACUAUCCCAUCCACGCUUGCUGAUUGUGAAAAUUUGGAGGCACUUGAUCUUUCCCAGAAUAAUCUUGUUGGGCCCAUCCCCAAACAGAUAUUUUCAUUGAAAAACCUUACAAAGUUGCUUCUGUUGUCCAAUGAUCUUUCCGGCCCAAUCCCGGCAGAGAUCGGCAACUGCACGUCAUUGGUCCGAUUGAGGGCAAGCAACAACCGGCUCUCUGGAUCAAUCCCAUCUGAGAUCGGAAGCUUGUCCAGCUUGAAUUUUCUUGAUUUGGGUCAGAACCAAUUAAUUGGAUCAAUUCCUCCAGAAAUCUCUUCCUGCACAGGCCUUCAGUUUCUUGAUCUUCAUUCAAACAGCCUCUCCGGAAACAUACCUGAAAGUAUUGGCCGGCUGGUUGGCCUACAAGUGAUUGACAUAUCAGAGAAUUAUCUAACCGGAGAUUUUCCCCCAGCACUUGGUUCACUCACUUCCUUGACUAAGCUCAUGCUUGGGUACAACAACUUCUCUAGCAGAAUCCCUGCAGAACUUGGCAGGUGUAGUAAAUUGCAGCUUUUGGAUCUUAGCAGCAAUAGAUUUACUGGGGAGAUCCCCCCAGAACUAGGGUCGCUCCCUUCUCUGGCAAUCUCCCUGAACCUCAGCAAGAACUUCCUCACAGGCCAAAUACCCCGUGAAUUCUCCGGCCUUGUGAAGCUCGGAACUCUGGAUCUGUCCCAUAACUUGCUCACUGGAGAUCUCUCUGUGCUUUCAACACUUCAAAAUCUUGUGACACUCAAUGUGAGUUUUAAUAACUUUUCUGGCGCCUUACCAGACACACCAUUUUUCAAAAAGCUCCCCUUGAGUGAUCUGACUGGAAAUUCGGCACUGUGCAUCUCUGGUGACUCGUGUUCCCGCAUGCCUUCAGCAGCAAAAUCCAGCAUACUGAAAUUGGCAAUGAGUCUCCUGCUCAGUGCAACAGCACUGUUGCUGUUGCUAGCACUAUACAUGCUGAUUAAGGUGCGAAAUGGCGCACCUGAUGACACCGGAGACCCUGAGAUUGCUCCUCCGUGGAGCAUAACACUCUUUCAGAAGAGGGAUAUUUUAGUUGAUGACAUACUACGAAGUCUCAUACCAGGAAACAUCAUUGGCAAAGGGUGUUCUGGUGUGGUUUACAGAGCAUUACUCUGCGGUGGUGACAGUAUAGCAGUAAAGAGAUUAUGGCCUAGCAAGAAAUGCAGUGAGCUAGCCUUUGCUUCAGAGACAAACACACUGGGUUCUAUAAGGCACAAGAACAUAGUAAGGCUGUUGGGCUACUGUAGUAACAGAAGCACUAAGCUCCUGUUGUAUGAUUACAUGCCCAAUGGCAGUUUGGGUUCUCUCCUUCAUGAUGAGAAUGGCAAAGGUGUGGUGGUAGAAUGGGAGAUGAGGUACAAUAUCUUGUUGGGAGCAGCACAAGGGCUAGCUUACUUGCACCAUGAUUGUAUACCUCCCAUACUUCACAGGGACGUGAAAGCCAACAACAUUCUAUUGGGUCAAAGAUACGAGCCUUACUUGGCCGACUUUGGGCUCGCUAAGUUGCUAAAUGAAGAUAAUAUGAGCUACUCUAGGUCCUCUCCACAUCUUGCUGGUUCCUAUGGCUAUAUUGCACCUGAGUAUGCAUCCAUGUUACGCAUUACGGAGAAAAGUGAUGUCUACAGCUUCGGAGUGGUCCUCCUGGAAGUCCUCACUGGCAAACACCCACUGGACCCAACCUUCCCAGAAGGCCAGCAUUUGGUUCAGUGGGUGAAGGACCACCUGAAAAGUAAAGGCAACGCGGUUGAGGUUCUGGAUCCUAAGCUGCAAGGAAGGCCAGACUCGCAGAUCCAAGAGAUGCUACAAUCUCUGGGCAUAUCGCUGCUCUGCAUUAGCAACAACGCGGAUGAUCGGCCUACCAUGAAAGAUGUUGCAGCGCUCCUCAAGGAGAUCCGCCAUGAUUUCCCAGGCGACGCCCAUAAGCUUGAUGUCUACAAGCAACCUGACAACCUCCCAAAGUACUCAUCCACUGUCUCUAGCGCUAGAUCGCUGCUGCCUCCAUGCUCCUCAUCUUCCUCUCUCCCAUACUCUUCCUCUGUUUCUACCAAGAUAAACCUCCAUUGAAGAGGAGAAGAAGAGUGGGAAAUGAAGUGGGAGAGGCACAUUAGUUACUGGUAAUUCAGUGAUGGUAAAUAGUAAAAGAGAGUGCUGAUAGCAGAAGCAAGGCUUCUUUUUUUCUUCUCCUGGGUGUUGGUAGUGUUCUUGGCUGCUGUUAAGGAAGAAAAAGGGGGAAAAGGAACAGGUUUGAAUGGUUUUAGCUCUAGGCUGCUGGUGGGGGCAGGAGAUGUUGGGGGGAGGAUGACAAGCCCACAUCCACGUGAAGGGGAUAGAUGGCGACAGUCAUUGGGUGCAUUAUUGGGACGUUGGAAGGUGAUUUGGUCUGCACCACAUGACUGCACGUGAUGGAGCAGGAUGGCAAAGCGUGGUGAAGAGGAAGGAGAAGGGGAAAGAGGAUUGGUCAGUUCUUUUGGUUGUCAAAUUGAAGACAGACACCCACUAAGCUCAGAGUACAGCUAGGCUUUUGACAUAUAUAAAUUGUAAAAGCUGUAAGAUAGGCAUUUUUCAGAAUUGCUUCUGGUGGUUCUCAUGAAAAGAGAAUUAAAAUUGCAGUUGGAUGUA